UGACGGCUCGUGCGAAACGUGAACUGAUACGUCGUCGAUCGGGCGUUGUUGGUGGACGACGCGACGGCGACGUAACGGCUCGAGCCAGAGGUGCCACUUCGUAUAGUGAGGAUGCGUAUGGUGGUGCUGCUGCUGCUGUAGAGGAUAGCGCUGUGGAGAACAACGUGCAAGCGAGUCCAAGCGAGGUGCUGGGUUCGGUUGCGGGCGUUGUUGGCACGGUGAUCGGUGAAAGCCUAGAGGAAACACCAGAAUGUUGCAGUUGUGGUGUGGGACCACCAGGACCACCUGGACCACCUGGUCCAGACGGCAAAGACGGUGCGGACGGUCUUCCAGGAGUCGACGGACCGCCAGGCAAAGACGCACCACCAACAGCCAUUCCGGGCCCUGAUGAUUUCUGCUUCGAGUGCCCACCCGGCCCACCUGGCCCGCCCGGUGCACCAGGCCCACAAGGACCACGCGGUUUGCCGGGUGAAAGUGGCCCGAAUGGACGAAACGGCUUGCCAGGUCCGCCAGGUACGGCCGGACCAAUCGGUAAGCCUGGAGAGCCAGGACCGGCCGGACCUCAGGGUCCACCGGGACCGCCUGGUGUUCUCCAAGAAGCAGCUGGUCUAGCGGGUCCCCCAGGACCACCUGGU